AAACAACUUGGAGAAUGAGGAAGUUUAUUCAUGUAAAUGAAAAUGAGGAAUCUUCGUUACAUUUUGAAUUUAUUUGGUUACGUUGUGGGAUUAAUCACCGUAGAAGCUCAGUACUAUAAUAGAUACUAUUCCUACUACAGAUAUACGUCUAACUCUACAUCUGCUAGUACUACUAGUACUCAAAAUUACAAUACACUACUUUACAUCGGAGCUAUCGUAGGGGUUUUAGUUUGUGUUGUUGCUAUAGUGAUUAUAGUUGUUACCUGCAUGUGUUGUCGACGAAAGCAAAGAACAGCGGGCACUGUUAUCCACUCAACAUCAAAUCCUACCAAUGUGGUAUUUAGCACCUCACAGGUUCCGUCCCAUUCUUCUUCCGAAGCAUUAAAUUCCCAACAGCAAUUUCAUCAGCGUACAGGAAUUUCACCCCCACCAUACCACAACGAUUCCUUACCCCCGCCAUACUCUGACGGAAAUUUGUCAUCAUCCCCAUAUACUAAUGAGCCCUUACCUCCGCUAUACUCUAAGGAUCCUCCGCAAGAGAUAUUAAAUAGGACCACUCCAUCUGCUCCAUCUUUACAUGAUUUGGACAAGUAGAAGAUAUAUGCAUGUACAUUGUAUAUUGUACUGGAUCCUUGACUUUAAGCCUUUUGUUGCUCGAUUGCAAAUGGUUAUCCCGCUGUAUUCAAGCAGUUGUGAAGACCAGCAAAAUAUGAUUUCAUUAUAAUGACAUGAAUGAUGCAAUUAAACUUUAAAAAUAUUUUU